UGUUAGGAGGUGCAGCACUGAAGUACGUGACUGAACGAUUCGUUGUGAAACUUUUGAGAGUUUCUUUGCAGCUUUCUGUACAAAUAACACACAUUUAAACAAACAAAUGGAUGAGAAAGGCACAGACGGAAAUGGUGUUAAAUAUUAUCGCUUGUCAGAGGUGGAGGAACGGAACUCUUUUAAAAGCACGUGGAUUAUCAUCCACAAUAAAGUAUUCGAUGUCACAAAGUUUCUCGAGGAGCACCCAGGAGGAGAGGAGGUGUUGCGAGAGCAGGCGGGUGGAGAUGCCACGGACAGUUUUGAAGAUGUUGGGCACUCGACAGAUGCACGUGAGAUGUCCAAUUCUAUGGUCAUAGGAGAGCUUCAUCCAGACGACAGGGAUAAGCUUGCCAAACCACCAGAAUCACUUGGAACAACUGUUCAAGAAACAGCAAGCUGGUCAAACUGGUUGAUACCUGUUGUCGCUGCUGUAAUUGUCACGUUCAUGUACCAUAUAUACACAGCAGAGGAGGCAUGAUGGACGCGCUCAACGUACAUGUUGAAAUACAAUAACCAUAAUCCAUUUCAGGUUGUCCUAUCACCAUAAAUAUUCUAAUAAUGAAGGCACACUUUUUGCACAUUCAGUUUGUUGUCACUUAUCCCUAAUGUUUUUAUAAGAUCUAUGAAAGUAUAUUUUAGAUUUACACUUGGCAUUAUAAAUAUGUAUACACAAUUACACCGAAUUCAGAAUUGAUUGUCUAACGGUUUUGCUGUUGUGUAAUACUAUGUGUAUACCAUUUAUUGGUAACACUUUAUUUGAAUGUGCCUUUGUUACAUAUAUUACAUGUAUUUACUAUAGUAAUAACUGUUUAUUAUGUAUAAUUACAAGCAACUAACCCUAAACCAAACCCUUACCCUAACCCUAUAAUAAGUACAUGUUGUUAAUAAGUAAUAAUCAGUAAUUACUUGUGUAAUUACACGGUAACAAGGACACAUUAAAAUAAAGAGUAAGCCAUUUCUUCAGUUGUCCAUGAUGAAAUUAGAAAUGUGAAAUAAGCUGAACACUAUCACAUACAUAAACAAAAUUUUCUUUUCAAAGGAAUCAUUUAGUUUGAACUUUUACCUUCAGAUUGCAGUGCAAUUCUAAUUGGACUGGAGUUAAAUAAUAAAAACAUGUGUACAGUUUUUUACAAAAUCUAAAGAAUAACAUUCAAAAUGUAACAGAACAUGAACAAAAUAAAAUAAUUAUUAAGUCACAAAUAUGCAGGCAUUAAUCGCUUCACUUGAUAUUUAGAAAUGUUAUUGAUUACUGGAAAUAGCAGAUCCAUGGAUAUAGCUUUUCAAAUGGGCGAAUCACAAACUAGUCAAGAAUGUGUAUUUUUUUUUUUGUUUGUUUGUUUUUAUAUGGACUGGACAUAUUUUGUGAAAUUCACCCAAAAACUGUUAAUUAUGUUUCAUUUCUUGUUAUUUAGGUUGACUUUCUGUGUUUAAUUAUAACAAGUAAUCGUAUCACUACAGAGACAAUCAGUGUGCUGAAGACCCACACUGUUUUAAUACUGUUGCAGAGAUCAGAGAGUAUGUUUGGGCUGCCAGUUACACACUGAUGUGUGCACCAGUAUGAAUGGUGCUGAUACAUUCCCUUUUUUAUAUAAUACAUUCCCAUUGUGAUAUAAUAUACAAGUAAAAUUCCUAUAGAAUUGUCCAUCCAUGUAUAAUCUCAAAGAAACAGAUGUUUGCUGUGUGUCCUCGUCAUAUUGAAAUGCUGCUACCACACUAAUGUUAAUGGCUGAGAGAAUGACACGCUGUAACAUUCAAGUGUAUUGGUGUCAUGUUGACUGGAAUGCAGCAGUCAAAUCAUUCAGCUUUAUUGAGUCACAAUAAACAAAGAAACUGAUU